UGUAGUUUUCAGGUUCCGGGAUUUCUAUACAUGCUUCUAAGUUGUGCAGAAUUUUACCUAUUUUCAGUGUAUUGCAUUCAAUUAUUUGUAAGCACAUUUACACAAUUUCUAACAAUGGGAUUCCGUUUCCAGUUAAAAAAAAAAAUGUUAUGACAGUCGACAAAUGAUCGAGUAGUUAAGCUUAUGGCAGAUUUACAACUCAUCAAUGUGCUUUUUCAAACUAAAAUAAAUACUAAUAAAAAUUGUACUAUGAUCACAAAAAGUAAUUACAGCUAAAUCAUGUCAAAAAAAUCUUAAGUUAUUUAUUUAUUUUGUACAAACGAUAAAAGACAUCACAAUCCAGGGUUUCCAUUUCUCUCGUUUAUUUAUUUAUUCUCUUUUUCCUUCUUGUGUACUAUACAGCCUUCUUUUUUAUCUCUUUGAGUACCCUUAAAACACAGGAGUUUGUAAAGUUUGCUAUAGCUUAACCAAGAUUGGAAAGGAGAGAGAGCAAGUGUGAGUAAGAACUAAACAUGGGAAGAGGGAGAGUGGAGCUGAAAAGAAUAGAGAAUAAAAUUAACAGACAGGUUACUUUUGCUAAGAGAAGAAAUGGAUUGCUCAAGAAAGCUUAUGAACUCUCAAUUCUUUGUGAUGCUGAGGUUGCUCUUAUUAUCUUCUCUAAUCGUGGCAAGCUCUAUGAGUUCUGUAGCAGCUCUAGCAUGUUGAGAACACUCGAAAGGUACCAGAAAUGCAGUUAUGGUGCACUUGAAGCCAGCCAACCAGGCAACGACACACAGAACAACUACCAGGAGUAUCUGAAGCUAAAAGCCAGAGUUGAGGUCCUACAGCGAUCACAAAGGAACCUUCUUGGGGAGGAUUUGGCCCCAUUGGAUACUAAGGAGCUUGAGCAGCUUGAGCAUCAACUGGAGACAUCCCUUAAGCACAUCAGGUCAACCAAGACUCAAUUUAUACUCGAUCAGCUCACUGAUCUUCAAAAUAGGGAGCAACUGCUACUUGAUGCCAACAAAGCCUUGAGAAGGAAGUUGGAAGAAAGUAGUGCACAAGUUCCACUUGGACUAGCAUGGGAAGCUGGAGGACCUAACAUUCAAUACAACCGCCUUCCGGCUCACUCAGAAGGGUUCUUCCAUCCACUGGGAGAGCAUUCCACCUUGCAAAUUGGAUACAAUCCAGUGAGUGGAGAUCAUGUCAAUGUUGCAGGUGCCCACACACAACAUGUCAAUGGAUACAUUCCUGAGUGGAUGCUUUGACUUUGAUACAUCUAAUAUAUCGCAUAUAAGAUCAAAAUAUAUAUCUGCAUAACUUUCUGGCUUUGUUUCUUAAUAUCGUUAUGGUUUGCUGUGAUGUAAGUUAUAUAUAUGCAUAACUUGUAAUUAUCAUUAAGACAAUAAGUAAAUGUUUGUAAGGUGUUGUAACUUUCAAAGAAAGAUGCUGUAUUUACAUAUAGUGUCAUGUACGGAUUGUAAUUUUAUACAAUUAUUAAGGAUAUUAUAUUCUAUAAUAUGCGGUUGUUUUAGA